GGAUAUAAAGACGGAAAUCCGCGCCAUAGUUCCUGCCUCGGAAGGAGACCCUUUCGAGCAGAUAUAUUUUUUUGAAAAGGGAAAAUCACGCUUAAAAGAUGAAGAAUUCCCCUGGGGUGAAGAUGUAUUACUUGUGAUGGAAGGGCUAUAGAUAAAAAAAGGCCUAGGGGAUUGGUUAAAGCAAAACUGUCAACAUGUCAGUGCGCAAGUUAGAAGCCCUUCAUAAUGGGGACUCGGAGGACACUCCGGUCUCGAGUCAGAAAAGGAGGAGGACGUCUUAUGCCGACAGCUCCUACCUCACAGAAAUGAAGAUGACACAGGAAGGUGCUUCCUGUGGGAUAUUAGAACGUGUCAUCGUUAAAAACUUCAUGUGCCAUGACCAUCUCGAAUUUACAUUCUCUCCACACAUCAACUUUGUCCAGGGUCGGAAUGGCAGUGGGAAGAGUGCCAUUCUGACAGCUGUAGUAGUUGGUUUAGGGGGGAAUGUGCGAGCAACAAAUCGUGGUAGCAGCAUGAAAGAGCUUGUGAAGUAUGGAAAGCAUACAGCCACAAUUGACAUCCACAUCAAGAAUAUGGGCAAGGAUGCCUAUAAACAUGAAAUUUACGGUGACUGUAUUAUUGUGGAACGAAAAAUCAUGUCAUCUGGAGGUGGCAGUUACAGGGUUAAAGCUAAGGAUGGAACAGUGGUGUCAACAAAAAAAGAUGAGAUUAUACGCAUGUUAGACCAUUUCAACUUGCAAGUAGAAAAUCCUGUGACUGUGCUGAAUCAAGAUAUGUCUCGUUCAUUUCUCAAUUCUACGGAUCCUCGUGAUUUAUACAAAUUUUUCUUGGAGGCCACUCAGCUGCAACAGAUGAGGGAUAAUUACACUCAGCUACAAGAAGCACUAAGAUCGUCCUCAGCAACUAUUGAUGGCAGGAAAGAGGAUCUUCCUUUUUUGGAGAAAGAAGUAGAAGAGCAUCGUUCUCGUUAUGAAUUUAGCAAGAGUCUCACUGAUAAGCGGAACAAACUUCGGGAGUUACGGCGUGAAUUGAUGUGGUCUGUGGUACAUGAAGCAGAAAAAGAAGAAGAAGCUGCCGCACAGAAUCUAGAGGAAUAUGAGACAUCAUGUAAUAAAUUGCAGGACAAGAUAACAUUUUAUGAAACUAAAUUUGAGGAGGAGAGGCAAAAGCACAAAGCACUUCAGGAGGAACUGACCAGCACCACAGAACAGCUCACCAACCAAACCGAAGACACAUUGGCAGCCAAUGAGCAGAUGGUAAAGGCAAAAGCAAAGCUGAAGGACCAGCAGAUGCAGGCCACUACAGCCGAAAAGAAGGUCAAGAGCAUCCAAAAAGAGAUCUCAGAGCUGAAGGAAGCCAUAGAGAAGGAUAACAGUCUAGCACAGAAUAACUGGGCAGCUCAACGUGCUGCCAGGCUGGAGAAAAUAGAGAACUUGAAUAAGGAAAUGCUGGAAGUACACCAAACAGUGAAGACAGAAAAUACCCAUCACAGCAACAUCCUUAAUACAAUGGAACAUAAGAAGGCUGAGCAGAUGCAGUUCUUCUUGGAAGAGAAAGCCAUCAGAGCCAAAUGUUCCAGAUUAGAAAACGAACUGAGAGAGCUCCGUGGCCAGCAGAGUAAUGUUUUCACUAUCUAUGGACCAUGGGUUCCUGAGGUGUUGAAGCAGAUUGAUAUUGCACACAAUAAAGGAAUGUUCUCAGCCAAACCUGUUGGACCACUUGGUGCCUUUAUCAAGCUACGUGAUCAGCAGUGGGGACAUGUGGCAGAAGCAAUUAUAUCAAACAGAAUCAAUAGCUUCUGUGUCAAUAAUCAAAAGGAUUGUCAUGUUCUAAAGCAGAUUCUGAACAGAGUUAACUUUAAUGGAGCCCCAAAACCUAUCAUCACUGUUUCAAGAUUUAGAGAAAGAAUCCAUGAUGUAUCACAGUUUGAGGUGCAGUCAGACAGAUACCCAUCUCUGUGGUCAGUGUUGAAUGUGAGUGAUACAGUUGUAGCAAACACACUCAUAGAUCAAAUGCAAGUGGAAUCCACCUUGCUUAUUCCAACAGCACAAGAAGCCGGACAACUUUUAAAAGAUCAGAGAACCGCACCAAAAAAUUGUAAAGUUGCCUACACUCUCAAUAGAGAUACUUACUACCCUGAUCCAAACUACCGGAUCUAUUCAGGAAGAGGGCAACAACCAGCUCGUUAUCUUCAGGUCUCGGUUGAACAGAAAAUCAGUGACCUUCAAGCUGAAAUUAAAAGUACGCAGGAAGAAUUAAAGAAGCAUUUAUGUAAGGCAGAAGAAUAUCAAGCUGAAGUGAAAGAACUUAAGAAUGAAAUUCACAUGUCAGACAGAAAGUUGCAGAAAGAUAAGGCAAAAAUUGCACAGCUUCGCGGACAGAUUAGAGUGCUCCAGGACCAAGAGGAACCAGCUCCUCCUGAUGUAUCUCAGUUGGAAGAAGACAUUAGGCAACAGGAGAUUUUACUAGAAAGUGCUAAAGCUCAUGCUGAAGAAGUUAGGACUUUAGUAAAUCAAAGUAAAGAGAAAUAUCAAGAAGCCGCCUCCAAAUACGAGAGGUUAAGACAGGAGCACAGUAAACUUCUACAGGAAGCAGAUAAUAAGAAGAAAGAAAUAUAUCGGUGUGAACAACAGACAAAUAAGUCAAAUCAUGUUUUACAAGGUUACAAAAAGAAAAAAGGAGAUAGUGAGACCAGAAAAAAAGAGCUGGAGGCAGAAUUAAAAGCAGCAAGAGAGGGGCGCGAAAAGGAGUCAGAAAGAGCUAAGAAUUUCGAACCUCGUUUUGAAACAACUCGGAGUGCUAAAGAUGUAAAUAGUCAGUACAAAGCUCUUGAAGCAAGAUUAAACAGAGAGGAAGCAGAAAGAGGUGACCCAGUAGAAAUACGUCAGAAGUACAAGGAAGUCCAACAGAGGUACUCGGACAUCAUCCAAAUCAUAGAAAAACAUUCCAAUCUUUUAAAGCUGAUACAAGACAGUCUCGAUAAAAGACAUCAAGAAUAUGGAUUGUUCCGUCGAUUUACAUCCAUAAUGAUAAAAUCAUACUUCAGAAAUAGACUAAGUUUUCGCAAUCUUCAUGGAACACUACACUUCAACUUUGAAGAGGAAAUCCUAACAAUGAGUGUGGUCAAAUUAGGAAGUGAAAAUGAUGACAGUACAAUCAAACAGUCACAGCAAAACAGCAAAAAAAAGAAGAAAGGUUCACAGCAGACAUUAGCCAUGAUGUCAGGAGGAGAACGGUCCUUCUGCACUGUGUCAUUCAUUUUGGCUCUCUGGGAAGUUAUGGACUCACCAAUAAGAAUUCUUGAUGAAUUCGAUGUUUUUAUGGAUAUCAUAGCAAGAAAGCAAAGCAUGGAUAUGAUGAUUGAAGUUGCAGAUGCUAAGACUCAAUAUAUAUACCUUACACCAUUGGAACUCAAUAAGGCAGAACAUCCAAAUGUUUACAUAUACAGGAUGCCUGAUCCAGAAAGAAGAGAGGAUGAUUAGAAAGGAAAUGAAUCAUUUUGAUGAGAGAGAUUGUCAGUACAGACAGCCAUCAGUACAAUGAGAGUCAGUGUUAAAACCAACAACUGGAUGUUGUUAUAAAUGGCAAAGACAAAUUAUGUGACAUUCAAAUGACUAGUAUUAUAUAUGUACGUAUUUCUGCAUAUAUGUACGUAACAUAUUUCUUGUCUCAUUUUUGUCUUUCCAAUUUGGGAUUUAUGUUCUAACAAAGGAUCUAGAGAAAUAUUUCCAGAUCAAGUACUAAAGAUUAAAAUUAAAAGAAAGGGGAGUGAAAGUGGAAGGGAUUAUCAAUAAUUUAAUCCUUAUAUUUCUGUUAGAUUUUAAGAUGACAUAAUGAAGUUUAGAAAUUGUAAUGUCACUUAUAAUAAGGCACAUUUUUCAUCUGUGUAGGUUGCUCUUAUUUUCCAUUCACAAUAGUUUCAGUUAUUUGUACUUUGACACUGAUUUUAGUCAAAAGAAUAUUGCUAGGAAACAUGGAUAUUUCAUGCAUUAAUUUUGAAUUGCGCAUGGUCUUUUCCUCGAUAUUUAAAUAUAUAUAUAUUUUUUUUAAUGAAAGAGUAAUGUAAAUAUAAUUAAGUUUUGUGAACUGCAACUGUACUUGCUUUACACGGACAUUAUUUUCUGUUCAGUUUUGUAAAAAAAUUUGUCAACCAUUCCAUCAUGUAUUGUUCAUUUUGUAUAGAUAGAGAAAAGGGAUAAAGUUGGAAAAUGAUCGGAUAAAACCAACUCAAGGCCAUGACAACCUAUGCAAUCCCUCUCCUCUUGCCCCAGUUUAUAUACCUGAAUCUGUAUGUUCAAGAAUUGUGGCCUUACUUUAUAUCUAAAAAUAUCUAAAUUUGUAUGUUUGAAACAUAUAUAGGCUUGUAUGAACAUUAUGCCCUUGGGAAUACCAUAGUUGUAAUUAAAUAGAUCACUUAUUUACUGUUGUUAGUAACAGCAAAUAUUUUGGAACAAGGAACAUAUAUCAA